AUGCUGGCUCCCUUGUUACAGAGACUCAGAGAGAGAGAGGAUGGAGCUUCCCAUGGAAAUUUAGCCACCAAGGAAGGGAAUUUGACAACAUUAGAGCAGCUGCACACAGAUGGCACUCUGGGCUGGGACAUCACAGACUCCUUGGGAGUGGGCCUGGUCCACCAUGCCUCAACAGCGAGGAGCUUAGAGUGCCUGAAGUUCCUGGUACUGCAAGCCAAGAUUCCGGGGAAACAGAGAACCAACAACACUGUGACUCCAGCACGCAGUGCAGCAUCCACAGGGAACCUAGCAGAGCUGCAGUGGCUGAUCAGGGAUGGCAGGUACAACUUACAGGAGCAGGAUGCCUCGGGGGCCUCUCUAUUGCACUUGGCUGCUUGUUUUGGCCAUGCAGAGGCUGUGCAGUGGUUGCUGUAGGCAGGCUAUGAUGCAGCCAUGGAGACACACAAAGGAGCAGUGCCAGCGCACUAUGCAGCAACCAAGGGGGACCUGACCUGCCUCAAGCUGCUGGUCGCUGCAGACCUAAGCACUGGGCUCCCCCACAAACGUGGGAUCCGCUACCAGCACACGGCGGCCGAGCCCUGGCCCAGCCGCGACUCUGUCCCCAUGCGGGUGGAGCUGCUGGGCAGCGUGGAGCGGGAGUACUUCCAGGUGGCGGUGCGGCUGCGGGGCGGCGCGGAGAACACAGCCCCCUCCCUGGGCUUUGCGGCACUGCUGGUGGCCGAGGUGGAUCAGUUCGUGCUCACCGCCCUCACCCCCGACAUGCUGGCGGCCGAGGACCUGGAGAGCCCCCUGGACCUGCUCCUCUUCAGCCUCACCAUGCCCUGGCCCAGCCCCGGCGGGCGGGAAGGCGAGGAUCUCCGGCUGUGGGGCUACCUGCUCAGCACUGACGAGCCCAGCCGGCCGCUCACCUCCUCACACGCUCCGGGAGCCCCUCUUGCCGCCGCCGCAGCCCGGUCUGCUCAGCGGAGGACUUCUAGCAGCCAGGAGGGUCAAAUGGCCAAGAUCCCAGUAAUAAAGAGCCAGCACACUGGUGACUACUACCGACCGGAGAGUGGACAAGCACGCCUCAGAAUGUCAAGUGAGGCCAUUGCGAGGAUGGAGAAUGGCAAGGCUCGGGCACCAGUGAAUCCUCUGCCGAUGGGAGUAAGCCACACACUAGCCAUGGUGAAAGAAGGAAUUAUCCACACACACCAGAAUAUAGCUACCACAAGGUCCUUCAACAUGCUGAAACCCAGUGAGCCCAGCAAACCACUCAUAGCAGAGCCGAAGCUCAGCAAAUCCCUGCAGAAGGCCAGGAUCACAGCUUUGUUCGCACACUCCGGCGAGAAGACUGCACCAGCUGAUCCUGUGCAGAGCAGCUGCAUCUCCCCAACACUGGAUGAGCUGUACCCAUCAGACCUCGAUGCCCUGGUGCCCACCCAUGAUGAACAAGGCCACUCGAUUCCUGAGUGGAAGCGGCAAGUGAUGGUGAGGAAGCUGCAGGCUCGGCUGGAAGCAGAAGAGGGCAAGGGCAGGAAGAGCAGUGGAGGCAGUUCGGUGGAGAUGGGGGACUGGAGGUAUUCACAGGCCCACAAUGGUAUACUGGGCCCCUUCGGGGAGCUGCUGACCGAGGACGACCUACUUUACUUGGAGAAGCAGAUUGAGAAUCUGCAGCUGAGGAAGAGAUGUCAGGAGUGUGAGAGAGAGCUGGGGCGCCUGGUGGAGGAGCUACAGACCAUCCUUCCUGCCCCCAUUGUCCAUAUCACUGUCAACAGCCAGCUCCUGCACCAGGAUGGCCAGGCACUCCCUAUCUGGUGCAGCCGCAUCUCUGGCAUGGUGAAGAGCAUGUCUGUGCUGCUCACUAAUGUAAACGGCCUGAGGAAGGAGGCGGAGAUGCCAUCCCCUAAAGAACCAUCCGGGUCUGGUGAGUGGAAGUGCCCUGCUGGAGGCAGUGCAGAGAGGGAGAUCCUGGAGUGUGGCGUCUCUGUCAGGAAGCUGAGAGGUAAUUUUGAGAAACAUGUUCUCCCAGGACAAAGAAUGGCCUUGGAGCUCCGAGGGGUGGAGGCCAUGCCUUGGGAACACUCAGGAAGGUGCUGGUCAGGCGAGGAUCUUGUUUCUCAAAAGCAGUGGAGCACCAGUAAGAGCCAGAGAAAACUAGUCUGUGAAGAACAUGCGUUUGGAGAUAUGGAGAAUGCCAGUGACUCUGGGAUCAGCUGCAAAGAGGCUUCCUCGGAUAUGAGCAGGUCUCUUGUUCCAGUGGCAGAGCCCACUAGCCUCAGGAAAGAACGAAUAGUGAUGCUCUUUCUCAGCCACUGGAAGAAAUCUGCUUACAUGCCUUCCUUGAAAAUCACGGCCAGAAAAACGCUUGAGUCCCAGAGAGUCAGGAAAAUAAGAGAGGUGGAGGCUGCUGCCGAGGUCAGAAAGGAACAGAUUCCUGAGGAGAAGCCGGUGGUGGAAAUGAGCAAACUGGGCUAUUUAAUUCAGCAAAGGAGCACCAUCAAGAACCUGAUUGGCAACUGGAAGGACAUCAUCUCUCAGGUGCCCUCACGACAGAUCCGGCGCCUGAACCGCCAGCAGGCUAUCUAUUCCCCAGAGCAGUUCCUGCCCCACGUCAAUGGGGUGCCCACCAAUUACAACAGCCUCACCCUUGACCUCUUUAUGCUUGGCUACUUCCACAUCCUGGAGCUGGACCUUCCUCAGGAGGAACGCAAGAUGAGGCACCUCCUCUGCUUCGAGGUGUUCGACCACUUGGGCAGAUACCCCUGGGAGACCGUGCGAGCCUUCCACAAGGCAGUGACUGAUGAAAUCAGUGCUGGCAAGCGAGGCUGGAAAGACGGUUUUGAGGACAUUAAGUUCAGGUUUUUUGGUAACACCAAGGACCCAGUCAGGGAGCUGGAACCAAGCAGAGCAUCAGCAGAAAGCACUCUAAAGCCAGUGUCCAGAGUUAGGGUUCGGAGCGCUGCUCUUGAGCAGGCUGGACAUGAUCCAGGAAACUGUUCUGAGCUAGGCAGCUUCAACAAUGAUGAGAUCUGCAGGUACAUUGACCGCAGCUUUGCCUUCUGGAAGGAGAAAGAAGCCGAGAUAUUCAACUUUGAGGAGUGA